CGCAUGUGUGAACCAUACAAACCUGCGCGUGGCUGCACCUGUAGAUUCCACUUAUAAUCAGGUAAUUGCAGCAGAGAGUGCGGUCGCUGAGCCGUGGAGCUGCAGGUGUGGGUCGUUUCAGGCCGUAUUACAGAAGUAUAACUGAACACAGCGCUGCCGAGGAGAAAGAAUAACCUCUGUAUCCAAACGUCUGAGUUGAGGUUUCAGUCAUGAAUCCUCCAACCAGCAGAGACGAUACAAACCCGCCAGAGCACUACAUGUCCCAGUCAUCGUCUGCAGCAGCAGCAGGAGGAGGAGGGAGUUUGUAUCUGGAUGCCUACGAGGUUUCUUUUCCACUGGAGGAGAGUAUAGAGAGACCACCUGCUUAUCACAUGAGCCAAGGCCAGCAGAUGAUGGACGAGCCUGUGGUGCAGGAGCCUCCUCACUCUCAGUACAGCCCCUUCAUCCUGGUCUCUAACCUGCGGGCUCACCUGUACGUCGCUCUGGAGAAGAACGCCUGGCUGCAGAAACGCAUCGAGGAGCUGGAGGACGAGCGCAACUUCCUGCGCUGUCAGCUGGAUCGCUUCAUCGUCAACAUGAGGAGUCCUGAGGUGACAGAGUGGUGUGGAGACGCCCAGCGGAGCAUAAAGGUCCAGCCUGCCAGCUCUCCCUCGCCUCCCUCCCCCAUGACCACCAGGUCUGGAAUGACCCUCAAACGCCUGCAGGUGCCGGCACCUCGGACUCGCCGCUGCACCGCCAUCCCUGUCAAGCAGGAGUUUCACCUGGAGGAAGAUAAAUACUACACUGAGGAUGAGUAUGUGGAGGAAGAGGAGGAGGAGGAAGAUGAGGACUCGGCGGUGGAGGGGUCAAAGAAGAAAGGCAGAGGACGAGCCAACGGAGAGCCGAGGAUGAAGAUGAGGAGGAUCUUUAGGAUCACCCAUGGGCGGGAGAGACAGAGAGUUAAAGAUCCAGACGGAGUUCUGAUUCGUUAUAAGAAGAUCCUGUCCACCUACCAGCGGGUGAGGAGUAUGUCCCGAGCCUUCCAGAUCCACGGAGUCGACCGUAACACCAUGGCCUCCACCUCUCCGAUCGCCGAGCUGCUGCUGGUGGCGCCAGAGAAGAUGGCAGAGGUCGGAGAGUUUGAGGCGUCAAAGGAGAAGCUUUUGGAUUACGCUCGGCGCUGCUACAGGACCAUGGACGAGCAGACGCAUGUGAAGGUUCAGACCAUGAAGAAAACUCACAAGCUGCUUCCGAUCUCCUACAGGUUCAGAAACUGACAGAGGCUUCGGAUGGACAAGAGGUUUCUACACUAAACAUUUUUCUUUAUCAUUGCCUAAAAGUAAAUUAGAUGCUAAAUCACAGGACUGACUUAGUUUAAACACAGUGAUGGAUUUUUGCCAACAAGCUGCUUAAUUUAUACAAAUAUCUGUGAUUUUUCUUUUCAUUUAUUGUGCAGCUGUUUGAGUUGACAGGGAAGGUUUUUUUUGUACACAACUGAUUUUUCACGUUUCACAUUUUAUAGAGCAGCUAUCAAACAAAUCAGUGAUUUCCUUCAACAGUUUUUUGAACAAAAACUGUUGAAGGAAGAAUAUUAACUAUUACAAGUUAUAUUGUUUGUAUUUAAGGAUCCCAGACAUGAUUGGCCUUAAUUUGUUUCACCAUUUGUUUUCAAUUAAUUGAAAGAGGAAUAUGUAUUAUUUAUUUAAUUUCUGACAGUAUUUUGUACUUCAUAAAUUAUUAUUUUGUGAAAUGUAUACAUUUAAUGUAUCAUUGAAAGAGAUAUUUGCUUGUUCAUACAUCUCGUGCCUAAGUUAUUUAUUU